ACAAUAAGGAUCUCCGACCACUGACCAAACUCCAUUUGUAACCACUGCCUAUUUGUACUUUCUCUCCAAUGACUCUUUUUCAUUUCACCUGUCUGACCAAAUGGGAAUAACAAGUAGCACUCCAAAGGUGGAUGUGAAAUACACAUGUUGUGGGAACCGGUGGCCUACAUGGAGUAACACGCUCUUGGAGUACUCGGGGAUAUGUGCUUUACAUGGGAAUGGGAAUGGCAAUAUGGGAAUAUUUUGCUUUCUUUUGAUUUUGAAUAUUUAAUAAGAAUGGGAGAAGACAGCAGGAAUAUGCUUACUAAAGCACAUUCAAGGCCAGCAGAAAAGCCUCUGUGGAUUGACUGGGGUAGAUGGCACAGAUAUGUUUCAGUAACAAGCAAGUCAAACAGUGACUCGGAUGUUCAGCCGAUGGCUCCAGUUCCUCCAAGUUAUGAGGAAGCAACUGCUGGUGGAAGCCCUUGUUAUAGUGGAGCUUAUACUGGAGAUGGUGAGAUGCUCACAGAAUUCAGCUGGGAUGACCAAAACAUCAGGAGGAUAUUCAUCCGCAAGGUGUACAGCAUCCUUAUGAUCCAGCUAUCUGUCACAAUUGCCUUUGUGGCUCUUUUUGUUUUCUGUGAACCCGUGAAAUAUUACAUACAGACCAACCCUGGCUGGUAUUGGGCAUCAUAUGGAGUGUUUUUUGUCACAUAUCUGACUCUAUCCUGCUGCCGUGGACCACGGAGGCAGUUCCCAUGGAAUCUGAUUUUGCUCAUUAUCUUUACUCUGUCUCUUUCUUACAUGACGGGAAUGUUGUCCAGCUACUACAAUACUAAAUCUGUCAUCAUCUGCCUGGGUAUUACUGCCUUGGUGUGUCUUGCUAUUACUAUCUUUAGCUUCCAAACCAAGAUUGAUAUUACUUCAUACCAAGGUGUGCUGCUAGUCUUCUGCACAGUUUUGUUUAUUUGUGGACUUGUCCUGGCAUUCACUCUGCCCUUUGGAUAUGUUCCAUGGUUGCACGCUGUAUAUGCUGUACUGGGAGCAAUACUGUUUUGCAUGUUCCUGGCAUUUGACACACAGAUGCUGAUGGGGAAGAAGCAAUAUACCAUAAGUCCUGAGGAAUACAUCUUUGCCACUCUAAGCUUAUACCUGGACAUUGUUUACAUCUUCUCUUUCAUUCUCCAGUUGUUUGGAACCCCAAACCGGGAGUGAAUAUGCUGUUAACCUGAAGCUCUAACGGCUCUCCUGAGUGUUUUUUGUUUCUCUGAUCUGAGCGAUCCUGUCUUUCCAGCAUGAUUUGGAUCUUCAGGGCACAUUGUUGUGUUUGAGCCCCUCACCUCAGGUUUUAUGAUGUGCCAUGCAUUUAUCCUGUAGCAUUUAGGAGGUAUUGCAUAUUCAUUGCAUACGUACACUGGUAAAACUUUAACAACAUUCAGCCAGUUUUACAAAUGGUGUCAUAGAAAACAAAACAGAACAUAUUAAAUGCACUGGUGCUGUGAAACCUAUAUGAUGUCAUUAGCAGUGAAAGUGCAUGAAAUAGAGCAAAAACAGCAUCAAACCGAGGUGAAACUGUUUAGUAGGAUUUAUCCAUCAGUGCCCACCACAUUCAUCUUUGUGUCUGACCCUGCAAAAGAUUCAUAUGUGAUAUCACAGCAUGAGGACAUUUUAACAAAUCAUUCUGAAAAACUAGAUAUUGUGGUUUUAGGUGUGCACAUACAGUAUGAAUCAAUGCAACAUUUACCUUUCUGAGUUCAUUUGUACAAAUUCAAUUGAAAUAAUCAGUGUUUCAACUUGAAUUUACCAUAAUAUUUCAUAUGCUAGGAAUGUUCUAUUUGGUGAUUUUCACUGCCAUUGUAAAGUCAUUGACUUGAUUGAGAUAUGCUUUUUGAGCAUUAAUUAUAUUGCUUAGACCUUUAUGGGUUAUUAAAUACGAUUUUUUCAUUCCAUAGAGUUUUAAUGUAUUAUCAUCUGCACAGAUCUAUUUUUGAAGACAGUGAGUUGUGAAUGAUUUUGGAUGUGUACAUAGCUUUACAGUGUUCACUAAAAGAGUGCAGCUGGAUUUAAACAGUAUGCAGUGCUACAUAUUAGGUAUUUUCCCCUGUUUGUAGCCUUUACAGUAGAGAUUGUGUAAUAUAAUUUAUUAAAAUGUAUUGAAUAUGAAAUGAUUUAAUGUCAAUGUAUGUUCCAGUUGCAAAUUAAAAGGAUGCAUUUCCUCAGUCAGAGUAAAUAA